UGUGAUGCCUGAUGUAAUAUAACAAUUACGUGUAUCUAUUUAUAACGAUUAACAAAUUAUUAGUAAAUAUGACAGGGAAGUGUAGUCGGUCGUGUUAUAGUUAUUUUUAAGAAGAGUUUGUAAAAAACGAAAAUGAUCCAGAACAGACUAGUGAUUUUCCUUCUUUAUGUCCUCUUGGAGAUUGAUGGCCGCGUUUUGUUGGGGAAAUGGAAUGAUGCAACAGUAGAAUGUGCGUCGGAAUAUGAACUCACAUUCAAAUGUAUUAGUAAACAAACGAACCGAUCUCAUACAAUUGCAGAAUGUGACCCUAUGAUGAGUUCAUGUCACAUAUUGGAAUCAUCUCUUGGUAACAAAUACAAUGUGUCUCAUACUGGUCGUGGGGGAAUGCUGCACAUCACUCAUCUAGACAAAGACACGUCUGGAAUAUAUACAUGUUGCGAAACGUAUAAUCCUGCGUAUUCCGCCAGUAUAAACAUGUCCUCGCAUUCUGUGUUUUUAAAUGACAGCUCUGCAGCCACUCCGAUGGAAAAAGUGAAUGGAAAAACUAUCGAAUGCAGUUCAAGCGCCGAAAUCACAUUCAAAUACAUUAGCAGAAAAACAAACACAUCUCGAACAAUAGCAGAGUGCGACGUUAUGAUGCGUUCGUGCCACAUGUUUGGAGCGAACGUUAAUAACAAAUACACGAUUGCUUACACUGGUCAAGGGGGAUUGUUGCGCAUAGAUAGUUUAGAUGAAGAGACAGAGGGCACAUAUAUUUGCUGCGAAACCUACAAUCCUAGCAAUUUUGUCAGUACAUACUUCUAUAUUCCAUAUUAUAGCACAGAUUCGAUGAAUUACGUUACUAAUGGUGUUCCUGUAAUAGAUCAAACCACAACAGCAAAUUCAUCUACGCCCAGACAAGACCGUAAGGCAAACGUUUGGGUUAUUGUACUCACAAUUUGUGCUGCCUUGGUCAUCAUUGUCAUCGGCGUUAUUGUGAUCAUAAAAAAAUACUGGGGCAUAAGAAAGAACAAGAAUGUGGCUGAUGAAGAAUCUAAUCUCAUAGAUAAUAACGAACAGACCGAAUUUGAAAACAAUCCUUCAAGACUGCUCAUAUGUAGUAAAUCACGCCAUGUCGGUCCAUUUAAACGUUCGGAUUUCAACAUAGUCUCAAUUUAUGCUUUUGGAAUUCCGCCAUUAAUCCCCGCAUUACAACAGUGGAUUAACAAGCAAAGACCUGGUCAUUGGCCUUCAGCGCAUGUGCUAAGUGCUGCAGCAAAUUAUACACGUUUCCUUUUAAAAACUGGACAUUCUCUAUACGACACACAACAAUCAGAAAUGGAAGCGUCAAUACAGCAUAUCGAGCAAAUGCUCAUGUCCAGUUUAAAUAUUACGCAACUAAAAUGUUACGUGGUAUUGAACAUGAUCAAGAAGUGUAUAUUGAACAAUAUAGUUGCAGAUGGAAUCACAAGUUUCCAAUGCAGAACUGUUUUAUUUCAUACAAUUGAAAGAGCGCCAAUGCAAAUAUGGAGCAAUCAAAAUUUAGCAUUUCCUGUUAUGCUUUGUCUGCAAACACUGCGAAGAGUGCUUCAAAAAGGUAUAUGUCCACAUUUUAUAAUUAGAGAUGUAAACCUUUUUGAUAGUAAACUAACUUUUGGCAAAUUGCGCAAAUUGGAAAAAUAUGUUUCAGGACUGAUACAUUUAGGCAUUCACAACGAUGUAUGCGUCAGAAAUAGUACGUCUAUAAACAAGUAUGUCAUGCAAUGCUUUUCACGUCAGAAAAACAUGGAUGUAGUAUCCCUUCGAUUGAAAUUGGCUUCAACAUUGUAUUGCUCAGGACAUUUACCCGCUGCUCAGUACAUUUUGCACGACGUAGUAAGGUUUUAUAGUCAGUACCCCAUACAAGCUGGACGUACACGCAAAGUUGGCACAUAUGGUGACUGUUCUAAAUAUGUGUGUUAUACGUCUGCGGAUAGACGUAUGUCACUUACAGACGAUAAUGCGCCACAUUGUUUGCAAUUUUACAGCUAUGAAUCAAGCAUAGUUCCACCAGUAUUACUGUAUGAAAUGAAUAGUUCUGUGAUUGAAUCGUCAAUCGGUGAAUCGGUAACUGGUAUACAACAAUUCUACAGUAAUCUGAUUCUGGAUGCGCGUAUCUUCAUGUACUAUCUGCAAUAUUUAACGUGCGCAGCACAUCAUAACAUAAUGUCUCAAAAUACAGCUUUGCUCGAUUUUGAAUUCUUCUUAACCGCGAAUUAUGAAAAUGUAUACCCUCUGGAGACGGCCUUAAACUUGUUAGGUCACUGCUUUGAGAUGGCAGGGCGCAUGUGCGUGGCCUCAGCGUUAUAUGCAUGGUCACUUGAAUACAACUCGCAAAAUAAUCCGGCUAACUUGCACAUACAGAGAUUACAAUAAGGGAAUUACUCUCCUGAAAUACCAAAAACACUGUCAACAUAAUUUGUUUAAAACUUUUCUCUGUAGGCGAUUUUGUUCGUUUUACAUCAUGCAUCUGUAUUUUUCUGUUCAGGAAAAGUUACCAUAAAAGAAACUGUAAUUUGUUCUAUUCCCAAACAAUCAAUAAUUUGUUAUCAAAUGUCGUAUAUCUGCUAUAUAUAUUUUAGUUCGAAAUAAUUAUGUUUAAACCAACAUUCGUUGGCAUCCUAUUAAGUAUAUUGAAAUAAUUCUAAAAUAAAUUUUGGCAGCCACUGUAUAUUAGAAGCAUGAUAAAAAUUAAUUCCAGUUACAUUAAUUUAGGUGUGUUUAUCUUGUACCGUCGUCAUGGGGAAGUGUAUAUAAUGUCCGUCGACCAAUCGGAGUGUUAUUGGUUCGAUCCCCACUGUGGGGACGUUCUUUCGAUCUAACCCAAAUACACCAAAUACUGGUUCUACCCAAACAAAGGAAUCGAGAGCGUUUCAAUAAGCCUUAGGGUUUCGAUGUUAUUGGGCUAAAAUAAAUAGAUUGAAACAAAAUAUUGUCCAUGCUUGUUUUGCUAUAAUUGUAAAUCUACUGAUGAGACCGUUUUUUUAAGUGCAUCAGGCAACAUCGAUACUUGCUUAAGUGUUUGUAUCCAUAACAUUUUUAUGUAGAUAAUUUGAUUUGAUCAUAUCAACAAGUAGUCCUUUUUUUCUGCAUUCAAUAUCUAUUUUCAAGUUGUUAGUAUUUAAUUGUUGUAAAAAAUGUCAUGUAUUUUGUUCUUAUCUAGAAGGACAUAUAUAUUCCUCCGCUGUAAUUCAUUGUUUGUCUUUUUUGUGUGAAUAUUUAUUACUCAAAUUACUUAACUGUCUGAAAA